CGCAACCCAGCUAAGUCGAAGUUUGCCAUCCGUAAUCAGUUCUAUUGAAACAUCACACCCGGGCGAAUCGAUGGAGGGAGCGAUGUACUUCCCACUGCUGUUGUUGGCCAUUGUGUUUUCCUUCGUUAUAUGCAUUUCCGGUCAACCGGAGGGCAGGAUAAUUAAUGGCACUACGGUAGAUAUAGCCCGUCAUCCAUAUCUUGUCUCCCUUCGCUAUCGCCGGGAUGAGGAGUCCAGCUACAAGCACGAGUGUGCAGGUGUCAUCAUCUCGGAGCACGCGUUGGUCACCAGUGCUCAGUGCCUCUAUGGCCUGCCCGAGGAAACUAAGCUUCUGGCUGUGGCCGGGGCAAACACCCGCAACGGAACCGAUGGAUUCAUUUACCCAGUGGCUAAUUGGACCCAUCAUCCGAAUUACGAUCCCGUGACAGUGGACAAUGAUAUAGGCGUCCUUCUCCUGGACACACCCCUGAACCUCACGCACUUCGGAAUAAGCGCAAUUGGUAUCCGCCCGGAGCGUCCGGCAGUGGGUAGACUGGCCACGGUAGCCGGAUGGGGCUACCGGGAGGAGUGGGGCCCCUCCAGUUACACGCUGGAGCAGACCGAAGUGCCAGUGGUGAGCUCAGAGCAGUGCACUCAAAUCUACGGCGCUGGUGAGGUCACCGAGCGGAUGAUCUGUGCGGGAUUCGUAACCCAAGGAGGCAGUGACGCCUGCCAAGGGGACACCGGUGGCCCCCUGGUCAUCGAUGGUCAGCUGGUAGGUCUAGUGUCCUGGGGCCGUGGAUGUGCCCGACCCAACUACCCCACCGUCUAUUGCUACGUGGCCAGCUUUGUGGAUUGGAUCGAGGAAACUAUUGCAGCCGCUGGAGCGCAAUAAACAUAGGCAUUUUCACGGCUAUCGAUACGCUAUCUUCAAGUGGUUACCGCCCGGAUAAAGCUACCUAAUUUAGUAAUAAAACCGUAAUCAAACCAA